GGUGAAUAUGCCACGGACGAGGAGGAGGAGAUGAGCCCCAUGUUCCCCAGCGGCGAGAUGGCCAUCGAGGUGUUCGAGCUGGCCGAGAACGAGGACACGCUGUCCCCCGUGGAGAUGGACCCCGAGAAGCUGGUGCACAAGUUCAAGGAGCUCCAGAUCAAACACGCCGUCACCGAGGCCGAGAUCCAGCAGCUCAAGAGGAAGCUGCAGUGCCUGGAGCAGGAGAAGGCGCGCUGGCGGGCCGAGAAGGCCCAGCUGGAGCAGAGCGUGGAGGAGAACAAGGAGCGGAUGGAGAAGCUGGAGGGGUACUGGAUGGAGGCGCAGAACCUCUGCCAGGCUGUGGAUGAGCACCUCAAGGAGACGCAGGCGCAGUACCAGACCCUGGAGCGCAAGUACAGCAAGGCCAAGAGGCUCAUCAAGGAGUACCAGCAAAAGGAGAUCGAGUUCCUGAAGAAGGAGACGGCACAGCGGCGGGUGCUGGAGGAGUCGGAGCUG